AUGGUAUUUCCCUCAUAUUUGUUCCGCCUAAGUCAGGCAAUUGGACUGUGCAAUUAUAAAUAUGUGCCGGAAAGGGGACGCUUCAAGUGGGACAAAGGACCCAUGAGGAUAUACUGCAUUGUAUUGCACAUAAUCUACGUACUUUUGACCCCAUGCGCCUUUAGCAUGAUGCUCCACGGCUACAAUGAUUGCCAGAAACUGGAUAUGUUGGCUAUAGCUUACAGCAUUGUCUCGACAGCCAAAGUCGCCUCCGUUGUGAUGCUAAUCUCAAGUAUCUGGUUGCUCGGUCCUAAACGGCUGCGCAUGCUUUUUGGACCUCCCAGCAUCUUCAUGUGCGAGAAGUUAGACGGGAUGAGAAAAGAAUUCGCACCGUUGUAUGUCAUUUUAUCGUUGGGAAUUGCUCUCAUGGAAGUUCUACUGACCUCUGCGGACUAUUGGCUAUAUUACUUGAUGCACCUCAGCAAUCGAGUGCUCGGGUUUAUGUCGGAGGAGACGCAAGAAAUGCGACAGGACUUGAACUGGUUGCCUCAACGAAGCGGCAGUCAUCGAAAUUGGACAAAUCUUUUGACGUGCAUGGAAAAGCUCUGGUUCACUCUUAGUGCCCUUAACUUCGAUCCAACUAGAGAUACUUACGGCAUUGCAUUGCAACGAGGCAGCAUCGACGACAGGAUCGAGUGCGACGUCUUCAAAUUGCUGGACUAUUUGAUAUGA